AGCAUUGUUUGGUGUGUAAGGAACAAUUCGUAAGAUGGAUGGUCGAAGAAGAAUACCGAUGGAUAGGAUGAGCAACCUUCCUCCAAGUAUAAUACAAAAUAUUCUUACUCUUAUGCCAAUGCCAGAUGCAUUCAGAACAAGUAUUCUAUCUCGGAAUUGGAGGUAUCAUUGUCGAAAUAUCUCCAAACUCUGCUUUGAUAACUAUAUGUAUCAUACACGAAACAAAUGCACAUUUUUGCACGACGUUGUUUACCCGGUCUUGUUGCUACACCAAGGUCCGAUACUUGAAUUCUCGCUUCAUCUCAAUAGAAUGGAUAGCUGUUGGGAGGUUGAUCAGAUAAUACUUCACCUAUCGAGGAAUUAUGCUUUGAAGGAAUUUCAACUUUUGAUCAACUUAGGUGAUGAGUAUAAGCUACUGCCGGCUUUCUUCAACUUGCAACAUUUGACGGCCCUAAAACUCAAAAAUUGUGCAUUUCAACCUCCGGUAACCUUUAAAGGGUUUGAAAGGCUGGUUAUAUUAUACUUUUACAAAGUCAGCAUAACCGCUGAAGUUUUUAUACGAAUUAUCUCCAAUUGCCCGCUACUUAAAGAUUUCACUCUGAUUGGCGAUGAAAGACAUUUUUUGGGAGUUUGGAGUUGUAACUUCAUUGAGUUAUUUGAGCGUAUACCUUUGGUUGAGCGUCUGUGUAUGAGUUCUUACCCUAUUCAGUGCUUUGCUAAAGGUGCUAUUCCACAAAAGCUGCCAACCUCGCUAGUCCACCUCAAAUGUCUUGAUUUAUGUGGAUUUGAAUUCUGCUUUGGGAGAGAAGUCGACUUACUUUCUGCUCUUCUUUUGGUUACAAGCUCUCCAAACAUAGAGACAAUUAAAAUUGAGAUGGAAGAUGAUCUGACCGAAGCUGUGUCACAAGCCAUCAUGAACCUUAUUGAUCAUCAAGAUUACUCAUAUGUUACCCUGGAUCAUCUCCGUGUGAUAGAGAUAUAUAACUUCAGCAACAUGAAGACCAGAAUGGAUUUUGUGAAACUUAUCUUAGCCAAGUCUCCAAUGCUAAAGAAAGUAGCAAUAUAUCUUAACGAAGAGAUUGUUGAUAUUCAUGGUAGAGUAAAGAUACUAGAAGAAAUGAUACAAUAUCCACGUGCAUCAGCUAAAGCAGAGAUCGUCAUAUUAAACUUUUGUGUCUAAAAGUGGAUAGUUGAAUGUGAGUUGUUUUAGUUCUCUUUAUGGCUGGAAUACAUGUGGUUCACCUCUGAUUUUUGUAAUGAAAGUUUUAACAUAUGCAACUAU